CCACAAAAGGGACCAUGAGUGACGGAGACAAGAAUCCAGCUGCCACGCCCACCCCGGUCAUUGACAUUCACGGAGAUGGGCGGUGGAUGUCUCUGCACCAGCGCUUCAUCACCGACAGCAAAGACAAGGAGCCUGAGGUUGUGUUCAUCGGCGACUCUCUGCUGCAGCUAUUGCAUCAGUUUGAGAUUUGGAGGGAGCUGUUUUCUCCUCUCCAUGCACUCAAUUUUGGCAUGGCAGGAGAUGCUACCCAGAACGUGCUCUGGCGCCUCCAGGACGGGGAAUUGCAACAUAUCCGGCCGAAGAUUGUGGUCAUCUGGGUGGGCACCAAUAACCACGGCCACACAGCCGAGCAGGUGGUGGCUGGCAUAGAAGCCAUCGUGCGCCUCAUCAAUCAGCAGCAGCCACAAGCCCGCGUGGUCGUGUUGGGCUUGCUGCCACGUGGCAAGAACCCCAACCCGCUCCGGGAGAAGAACCGGCGGGUGAAUGAACUGCUAGAGGCCAAGGUGCCGCUGCUGCCCAAUGCCUCCUUCCUCGACGCCGACCCGGGCUUCGUGCACUCGGAUGGGACCAUCAGCCACCAUGACAUGUACGAUUACCUCCACCUGAGCCGCCACGGGUAUGCACGGUUCUGCCCUGCGCUGCACCGGCUGCUGCUGAGCCUGCUGGGAGAAUGCAACGCCAAGGCCUCUUGACUGCUCU